AUGGUUGCAGGAGGUGUCAUACUUUUCAUCAUUCUGGGAGUAUUCUCAGCUUUGAGCCAUGGAACCGAUGUUAUACCUGACGACCACAUUACUGCACGCCUCGGAGGGAAGGUGACGUUCAUCACAAAACCGACUCCUUCUGAACAGGCAUUUCUGGCAGUGUCCUGGCGUUUUCAUUUUAAUGACUCCAGUAGUGUCGAUAUAAUUACAUCAGUUACUAAUGUUGCUGAUAACACUGGACCAGAGUAUGAAGGCAGGAUCAGCCUCAACAGAACUACUGGAUCUCUGGAGCUGAGAAACCUGAGUCUCGGCGACAGUGGAGAAUACAAAGUCCAACUCGUUCCGGUGUUUGGAGCAUCUCAGACAGGUGUCUGCAGACUGACCGUGUAUGAGCCGAUCUCCAGUGUGGUGGUAACUUCCAGCAGCACAGAGCUUCUGGAGUUCAGCAGCUCUGUCAACCUGUCCUGCUCUGCCUCGGGCUCCUCCCUCUCAUUCUGCUGGUUAAACGGCACCUCUGAGGUCACAGGCAGGGACAGAGUCAAGCUCAGUGAUGGAAACUCCACGCUCACUAUUGUCAAUGUCACCCGCUAUGACCAGAGAACUUUCAGGUGUCAAGUGUCCAAUAUUGGCAGCAAUGGGACAAGUGAACCAAUAAUCCUUCUCUUCAACUUUGGCCCAGAAAAUAUUAAUUUGAUGAUAUCUCCAUCACGCGAGUACUAUUACGAAGGCACUGAUGUAACUCUGUCCUGCUCGGCUGCAUCCAGUCCUCCUGCCCAGUAUCGGUGGUUCCUUAAUGAAAGCAUACUAGUUGAAACUGGACCAGAGCUCAGACUCCUUAACAUUGAGUUAAGUCAGAGUGGAAACUACAGCUGUCAGGCCGUCAACAACAAAACUCUGAGAAAUCAAACGUCUGAACCUUCAGCUGUCACUGUUGUGCACGCUCAUGUCUCAAAUGUGAUGAUACAUACCAACAGCACAGAGCUGGUAGAAUUUAACAGCUCUGUCAGUCUGUCCUGCUCUUCCUCUGGCUCCUCCCCCUAGUACCUCUGGUUGAACGACACGGCUAAGGUCACAGUCAGUGACGGAGUCCAGCUCAGUGAUGGAAACUCCACACUCACUAUCAUCAGUGUCACCCGUUACGACCAGGGGCCGUUCAGAUGUCAAGUCUCCAGCAGUUUCAACAAUGUGACCAGUGGUCCUGUAAUGCUGUCCAUCAGCUGUGAGUUACUCCACUACUUUAUCUUGCCAUACAUGCACAGAUAGACUUUUAGCCAGAAGCCCCUAGAUGUCUAUUUUCAGCCUAGGAGCACCCAUACAUGCCCACAGACUGAUCUUUGGGCAGU